AGGCUUUGCAUUUGUUAUAUACUGUUUACUUUUACUUCCGGGUUUUAUCACGUGUGUAUAUAGACUUAACAAACAAUAGCUGAUCUAGAUCGUCACUAUACAACGUAUACAAGGGCAAUACAAUAGGAUUUAUGGUUUAAACGCGUACAAGUAUUUAUAAGGAAAUACAUUGCAUAUGUUUUUCUGCCUUGAUAACAUACAGGUUAUUUCAUAAGGAAAAUAAAUUCGGAAAGUUUGCUGAAUUGACACCGUACAGGUCGUCUAGCUGAACACCUAAUGUCUGACGCCUGGCAGCAUGCAGAGUCGUUCUCCGUCACGAACGUAAAAAUGCUGGAUGAUGACGUAUUAUGUGACGUCACUAUCCUCGCGGGGACGGAUAAACGGGAAAUGAGGUGUCACCGGUUCAUAUUGGCCAGCCGCUCACCGGUUUUCUACACGAUGUUCUGCGGAUCACUUCCGGAAACCGGCGUCGUGGAGAUACCCGAUGUGGAAGCAGAUGUGUUCCAACAAGUCAUCAGGUACCUGUACACAAACGACAUCGUGAUUACACCUGAGUCUGUUAUGGCAAUAAUGUACAUGGCAAACAAAUAUGACAUCCAACAGUUGACUAAAUGUUGCCAGGAAUACUUGGAAGAGAAAAUGAGCGUCGAAAACGUUUGUGUCAUUUUGGACCAAGCUGUAAAGUUCGAAGAAAAAGAGCUUGAGAAAAAAUGUUACCUCUUCAUUGCAGAAAAUUCGACCGAGGUAUUUGCUACGGAGGGUUUUCAGGUUUUAUCACGCGGGACACUGGAAACUGUGUUGGCAAAAGAGCAGGACAACCAUAAACUAAAGCCUGAAGACAUUUACAUUGCGUGUGCGAAAUGGGCAAAGACACAAUGUCUCAUGGAAUCACCGAGCGAUAUUACAAAUGCAAAGCUUCGUGCUAAACUUGGUAAUUUGGUAGAUAUGAUCAAUUUUUGUAAGAUGACAUACGACUCAUUCAUUGACAAUGUCUCCUAUGACAAUAUUUUAACUGGAGACGAGAAGGUCAGGUACCUGCAAGACAUACGCAAAGAAACCACGAAACCUAAAUCAGCGUUCGUCGUGGAACGGCUGCUGAUAGUAACUAGCUCGUGGACGUACGGUGGAUUUCAGGACGGGAUCAGCUUCCGGGUGUCUGAUGACGUCACGCUGUGCGGGGUUGCUCUCUACCUUCCCUGUGAGAUUGGUCAGGUGACUGGCUCCCUUACCGUCCUACAGGGGCAGACUCCAGUCCUCUCCCAAACCAUCACUCUACAAUACAGGCCUGAGAUAAAGUAUGAGAUAAUCAUUUUCUCCAGUAAAAUACCGGUUCGAUCAGGUACGAUAUAUUCAGUGCGCCAGACGCUCCUUGGGACGAAGACGUACAGGGGCGAAAACUACCGCGGAAAACAGUGCGUACAGGGGGUCGAGAUUGAGUUUUUAGAGCUGAAUUUUGGACAGUCGGACAACGGAACGAGACUUGAAAGAGGACAAUUCCAUGGACUUAUGUUUGAAAAAUAGACCACGACAUUAAUUACAUAGUAUACGUAAUACAGCCAUAAACUUGUGAUUGAUGUGUGUGGGGAUGGGUAAAUGAUAGUGAAGACCAUCUGAAACUAAUCCAGGAUUUGACGCUUAAAUGGGCACACUUGGGAUCGUAACUUAGAAGGCCCCUUUCACUAGGAACCGGGAAAAGGCGCCAAACUUGGUAUAGGGGUUUUGGUUCUCCUCCAAUAACGAUUUGUCUAAUAUUAGUCUAAAAUAGUGCGUUCUGGUGUAAUUUAAGGAUUUUUGUCUACCAUUUUGACCCGAAAUGUUGAUUUUGGACGAUUUUAGGGGUGUCGGGUGCCCCAUGUCCUAAAUCCGCUAGACUAUACAUUGUGCUGGUUCGCAGUGCAGAGGAAGCCUUUCAUGAUAGUCUGUGUUUCAGUAUGUUAUUGCUGACUGUUAUUUUCUGUAAUACGAUUGUAUUAUUUGCAAAUACCGUCAAAGAUAGUGUUCGGCAUUAUUUUUAAUCUUAACCAUGCAGAGGUUAAUGAUCAAACGACAACUCUUUUCCACACUUUUCCGUAAACAUUCAGUAGUUGUUUCCCUUAUAUUGUGUGUAAUAUUUGAGCCGAGUUGAUUUAAAUUUCUUUCGUCUCAAUGAAGAACGAUGAGUAUCGUUAUAUUAACGAUACGACUUGAACAAGCCGAUAGCAUUGUUUCAUAAACUGUUCAAGUUGUUGUUUUCAAUUCUAUUUAGUUCGUUACUUGCUGUUUAAAGCAUGGUGUAUGUAUGGAAACCUGUAUUGUACAUGGGAACCUGUAUUGAGGAAUUAUGGAAACCUGUAUUGUGGAAUUAUGGAAACCUGUAUUGUACAUGGGAACCUGUAUUGUGAAAUUAUGGAAACCUGUAUUGUGGAAUUAUGGAAACCUGUAUUGUGGAAUUAUGGAAACCUGCAUUGUAUAUAUGGAAACCUGUAUUGAAUAUGGUGAAACCUGUAUUGUAUAUAUGGGAACCUGUAAUGUAUAUAUUGAAACCUGUAUAGUAUAUAUGGGAACCCUUUAUUGUAUAUGUGCAAACCUUUAUUGUAUAUAUGGAAACCUGUAUUGUAUAUUUGGAAACCUGUAUUGUAUAUGUUGAAACCUGUAUGGUAUGUAUAGGAACCUGUUUUGUAUAUAUGGAAACCUGUAUUGUAUAUGUUGAAACCUGUAUUGUAUAUUUGGAAACCUGUAUUGUAUAUAUGGGAACCUGUAUUGUAUAUUUGGAAACCUGUAUUGUAUAUAUGGAAACCUGUAUUGUAUAUUUGGAAACCUGUAUUGUAUAUAUGGGAACCUAUUUUGUAUAUAUGGAAACCUGUUUUGUAUAUAUGGGAACCUGUAUUGUAUAUUUGGAAACCUGUAUUGUAUGUUAUGGAGUUUAUACUGGAAAGUACCAAGCGACGUUUAAACAUGGAAUGAUCUGGUAGAUUCUGGUAUUAACCCCACAACAUACUGAUGGUGUAUUUCUCUAGUAUUGUCGACUUUUUGGUCGACUUGACGCACGGUUAUAACACUACUGAUCAUUACACUACAUGUUGUCAAACUUGCGUCGACUUGCCCACUUAUGUAGGAAUCCUGCCCACAGAUCAGCCAGUUCGCUGAUAGCCCAUUAACCUGUAUGUUUAAUGUUCAUGUCUGAUGACGUGAUACAUCUUUGUUAUCAUUUGAAAGGUACUUGCUUGUUGAGUAAUAAUGACUUAAUAUGUUGACAUGAGUUUUGUCGACAAAUCAGUUUAAUCACGUUAUGUCGGCUUGACUAACAUUAAUGGAGCCAACAUAUCAUAUUUAAUUAGAUUUGUCGAUAAAUGUAUAAGUCGAUAUGACUUUUAAAAAUGCAGUUUUUCUAAUCGACAAUAGAGUAAAUGAUCGUAUAUACGACACACGAUUCCAUAAGAAUACCCCUAUCUCAAGAUAAAAGCCGUGUUAUGCAAGUAUAAGUAACGAUUUUUCCAUUCCAUUGUAAUGGGCGUAUAUGUUAGGUGAUAUAAAUAUACAUUAAUCAUUUUAUUGGGAAAGCAAUCGGUAUUCUCCUUAAUGUUAUAACAUAUAAAAAAAAUCGAAUGCCGUCCAAUACAAAAGCAUGUAGGCAUUAUUUGUUUCUCUUAUUUUUUAAGUCAGGACAUUCCACACGCUUCAUUCGUAACUAUUUCAUUGAACUAUUUUUGCCGGACAUUAUAUAAUCAUUUGUUGAUAUGCUUUGUUUGUACAUUACCAAAUAAAGAACACGAACACAAAUA